AUGUUGACUGGAGCCUUGUCCAUGCUGGAAGAUUGGAGUACAAGUAAAGAAUACCAGCGGCGGCAGCGGCAGCGCACGGCGAAAUUAUGGGGUUUCAUGUUGGGGGCACAGGUUGAAGAGGCCCCGCUCCCCUUUGCCGCGACAACCUCCCUGCUGCACCAAGACCAAACAUCACGCGCCAGGGCUGUCGAGUCGUUGGAGGAUCGCCUUUUUUUGCUUUGCUACAACCCGCAGUCGCUGCUUUUCCUUUUCCUUUUCUCUUCCUUUUCUCUUCUUCUCUCUAUCAACGCUCUUCGCUUCGUCAGAAUCGCAAUGGCUUCCAAGGCCAUGUGGGAGGUCGAUCCCGAGACCCGGUCCAAGCUGGCUGCUCUGCAAAAGGAAUCCAAGAACAAUGUCUGCUGCGACUGCAAUGCGCCGUCGCCACAGUGGGCGUCGCCCAAAUUCGGCAUCUUCAUCUGCUUGACGUGCGCCGGCGUCCACCGCGGGCUCGGCGUCCACAUCUCCUUUGUUCGAAGCAUAUCCAUGGACGCCUUCAAGGCCAACGAGAUUGAGCGCAUGCGCCUGGGCGGCAACGAGGGCUGGAGGAAGUUUUUCGAGGAGCACGAGGACACCAAGAUGAGGGGACUUGGCUGGGACGACGCCACCAUUGCCGAGCGAUACAGCGGCGAGGUCGGCGAAGAGUGGAAGGAGAGGUUGACGUGCAAGGUCGAGGGGCGAGACUACGUCCCCGGCGAGAAGAGGCCCGUGACCACACAGUCGACUCCCGCCGCUGCGAAGCCGUCUACCCCCCUCGGCGGCUCCGCAAACCGAAGCCAGAGCCCCCAGCAGGGCGGAAAGGUCAAGGUGGACGACAGGUACUUUGCCAAACUGGGAGCAGACAAUGCCUCACGGCCCGAUGGCCUGCCUCCUAGUCAAGGCGGAAAGUAUGCCGGCUUCGGGAACAUGCCUACUCCCGACAAGUCCAGCCAAGGAGGUGUAAUGCCGGGGUUUGACGAUUUGCAAAAGGACCCAAUGGGCGCCAUCACCAAGGGAUUCGGAUGGUUUGCCUCCACCGUGUCCAAGACCGCCAAGACGGUGAAUGAUGGAUACAUUCAGCCCACCGCGAAGAGCAUUGCCGACGGUGAGUUUGCCAAGCAGGCCCAGUUGACGGCCGCCCAGAUUGCCAAACAAGCACAGCUUGCCGGCAAGAACGCACAAGAGGGCUUCACCAGAUUUGUCGAAGGCCCCGAGUCCACCAAGCGAAACGCACCUCUGGAUGCCAGCCGCAAGGACUUUUGGGAUGACUUCUCCAACUUGGCCGAGCAGCAGAAACCAAACAAUGCCAUCGGCACGAGUGCCAUAGGCAUGGGCAAGAAGACGACCCCGGGAGCCCCGGCCCAGAAGCCCAAGACUGGCGACGAGUGGGAUGAUUGGUAA